UCCAAUUACCAUCAACAUGUGUGGCAGGGCAGUCUCUACCUUCACCCCUUUAAGGCUUAAUUACAUCGAGGGAGUAAAUGGUGCGUUGGAGGCGCAGAUGUCUUUGAACGCAUCAUGGACUCAAACAGAAGUUUCCAGCCCUGGAAAGACUACCUGGGAUUAUCCGAUGCAGUUCGGGAGAUAAUGUGUCAAAACAACACUACGCUUUCACAACCGGAAGCGUCUCCUUUACAAACGGAAGCUUUGAGUGCGUCUUUUAGAAACAUGCGCGUUCAAAGAUGGGAACUUCAUCCGAGUUGUGUUGCAUCUCCUCCGACGUCGGGAGCAGAACUUCGUGCACCAGUCGCAGGUCUGCAGAAUAAUCUUCCAGACGCUCCUGCACGCAAGGAAGGAGGCUUAAAAGGUCGCAGGAAUCACCUGAACACACCUGAGCUGCCAUCACCUACACACAUGAUGUGCACUUUCUGCAAACACAACGGGGAGUCCCAGGUGGUCUACUCGUCCCACUGGCUGAAGACGCGCUCCGGAGACGUUGGCUGUCCUUACCUGCGCAGGUACGUGUGUCCUCUUUGCGGGGCUUCCGGCGACAAAGCGCACACCAAACGCUUCUGUCCCAAAGUGGACGUCAACUACAAGUCUGUGUACGUCAAGAACAGACGCUGAACUUCUCAUGUGCUUCCAUCACGUGUUUGGUUUGUCAUCAUUUCUGUUAUUUGUUGUUUCUAACAAGUCAGCAACUGGUGAUUCUCUUUUAUUGCUUUUAAACCAUAAGAGAAUAAUUACUUGUAUAUUUUUAAACAAACCGUGUGAAAUGUGUUUUACUUUCAUUCUUGUGUGCAAGUAGUUGUAGUAGUUUGCAGUGUUAUACAUAGUAUUGUAUUUAUUUGUAGUAGUUUGCAGUGUUAUACAUAGUAUUUUAUUUGUAGUGUCGUGUGCAAUGGUCUUAUAUGUUAAAACUGCAGAUUUUCUCCCCUGUGUGUUGUAAAUAUUUUUUUACGAAUAUAA